AUGGCUAAUAUGGGCCACAACAACCUCAAUGCAAAACUUGUAUUGCUAGGAGAUAUGGGCGCCGGUAAAUCCAGCCUUGUUAUACGCUUUGUCAAGGGCCAAUUCCUCGAAUUCCAAGAAUCGACGAUCGGAGCCGCCUUUUUUUCUCAGACAGUGGCGGUCACUAAUUCGACGGUGAAGUUCGAAAUCUGGGACACAGCCGGGCAGGAAAGGUACCAUAGCUUGGCUCCCAUGUACUACAGAGGCGCUGCAGCGGCAAUCAUCGUUUACGACAUCACUAGCACGGAUUCAUUUGCCCGGGCUAAGAAGUGGGUGCAAGAACUCCUAAAGCAAGGUAAUCCUAACAUGGUCAUGGCACUUGCUGGGAAUAAAGCUGAUCUUGAAGAUAAGAGGAAGGUGACUGCAGAGGAAGCACGUUUAUAUGCAGAGGAAAAUGGUCUUUUUUUCGUGGAGACAUCAGCUAAAACUGCUAUUAAUGUUAAUGAAAUAUUCUAUGAGAUAGCAAAGAGGCUACCUAGGGCUCAACCUACUCAAAAUCCGGCUGGAAUGGUUCUAGUUGACAGACCAGCAGAAGGAUCUCGAGCUGCAUCAUCGUGCUGUUCUUAA